AUGCCGAUAGAUGCCAGCGGGAGACCAAUCCGCCCAUAUACUAAUUCCUCAGAAUCAAUGAAUAGUGUCAUGGCGCAAACGAAGUUGGAUUAUAUGCGCACCAACAAGAAGGGAAAUGACCAGAAUCUUUCAAAACUAGAAUUCACUAGAAAUUUAUUCGAAGAAAUACACAACAAGCAGCAAGAAGAGCUUAAACUAGCGCUGUGGGGAUUAAGCGAAUUAUACCAACUUGCACCAUUCGUUGAUUACCUUACCGUUCCUGUAGAUUGUUGGUUUGAAUGGUCCGAGAAGGAAAGAAACGAUUAUGUAAUCAAGUUCAAGUCACUAUCGAUCGAUGACGUGUUACAAAGAAAAGAAAUCAAAUUGAAUUCAGCGUUGGAAAUCCCUGCAAGCCAGGAAUAUAAAGAUCUUUCCAUAGACGUCUCUUCAAUUUCGAGAAACAAAAUGCUUUACAAAGAUGAACUCGUAGCCGUAGUUGUCGACAGGGCGCUUACCCUUCUCAAUCUACCUGGUGCCAUCCAACAACAAGCAACGCUUAAUCUAUUUGAAGCAAAGAAAUAUGAAGUUGCGUCCAGACAUGCCAAGCACGGCAAAGUCGAAUGUACUUUAAGCAAGAGCCAUGUCGUUGUGCCAGUUUUAAAUAUGAUAAAGUUUGCAAGCAUUCUAUUGCUGUUGCUGAGAAAGUGGGUAUUCUCGAGCAACACCUUCAGUUCAUAUGCAAAAGUUCGAAAUCUCGUUCAAGAACAGCGUUGGCAGAAGGUGCCCUUGAUAAAGGAGUGGCAGGGAAAAAGGGGUCGGUCAAUAAAUAUUCCUAUCGGCCACCUCGUUCACAAGGACAUGCAAGCAUUUCAAGUGCCAGCAAUGAUAACCCACAAGCAUCAGCAAGUUCUCAUGUUUACAACAAAAUCUAUCACAAUGACAAUCCAUUUAUUCUGCACAUCCUUCCAGCUGAGGCAAAAAAGUGCAAGCAAUGUAACAAGGAUUUCUGCCAUCGGGUCAGAGUUAUUCCUCAUGAUUUAGUUUUCGAACACUGUGAACGAUAUUAUUUCCCUCUCAACGGCGACUGGAAAAAUAAGCAAGCUUCAAACAAGGAGGCAAUAAGGUAUUAUCAUGCGGAUUUCGCGUGUAUGAAGGCAAGAUUUCCUUACUUCACGAACGAUUACAUCAUAAUUCCCAAAGAAGUUAAAGAAAAACUUCACCCUUCUCAUAUCGCGCAUCUGGUUUCUCAAUUUUCUCUUCAAGUGUGA